UACCAUCUUCUAGACUCCUGGGCCCUGUUGCGUUCUCUCUGGUGCAGGUUUACUCCAGUUCCAGCAUGUGGAGCCGACAGCGGGGCCGCUUCAAGCCGUUAUGCUGCGGGGUGGAGGAGCUACGGUGCCGCCGGCGGGAGCGGGAGGCAGCACUGCGGAAGGCACGGAGAGAGCAGCAGCUGGUCAGCAAGAGGCUGCUGAGAGACGAAGCCUUGGAGGAAGCCGAGGAGGGAUGUGUGGCCAUGAUCUUCGGGGAAGCCGAGAUCCAGCAGUUCCUGCAGUUAGCCCAGCGGGGGACAGAGGAAAAGGAGAGAGAGGGGGCUCUGGUCAGCCUCCGGCGAGGCUUGCAGCGCCCUGAGACGCAACAGACCUUCAUCAGGCUGGAGGGCAGCAUUCGGACCCUAGUCGGGCUCCUGACCAGCAACCAGGCCCUGCUGCAGCUUGAGGCGGCUCGGUGCCUUCAUGAGCUCUCUCACUCUGAGCAGUCUGCAGUAGUUGAGGCCUGCCUGCCAGCCACUUCCUACCUUCUCACCUACCUCUCCGGUCACAGCUCAGACUUUAUAGAGCUCUGUCUGUAUACACUGGGUAACCUGAUUGUGGAGAGUGAGGCUGUGAGAAGGCAGCUCCUGCCACAGGGCAUUGUUCCGGCCUUGGCUGCCUGCAUCCAGUCUCCCCAUCUGACUGUGCUGGAAGCUCUUGGAUAUGCCUUGUCCCAGCUUCUGCAGGCUAAGGAAGCUCCAGAGAAGAUCAUCCCCUCUGUCCUGGGCUCCACUCUCCCACAACAUAUGCUGCAACUGUUGCAACCUGGCCCAAAGCUGAACCUCGGAGUAGCUGUGGAGUUUGCCUGGUGCCUUCACUACAUCAUCUGCAGCCAGGUCAACAAUGCCCUGCUCAUCACCCAGGGUGCUCUGUCCACCCUGGGGCUGCUGCUGUUGGACUUGGCUGGGGCUGUCCAGAGAACUGAGGAUGCAGGACUGGAGCUGCUGGCAUGCCCUGUGCUUCGGUGUCUAAGCAACUUGCUAACAGAGGCAGCAGCAGAGUCUGUGGGAGGGCAACUGCAGCUCCGAGAUGAGCGUGUUGUGGCAGCCUUAUUUAUCCUCCUGCAGUUCCUCCUCCAGAAACAGCCCAGCCUGCUUCCUGAGGGCCUCUGGCUCCUUAACAACCUCACUGCAAACAGUCCUAGUUUCUGCACCUCCUUGCUCUCCCUGGAUCUGAUUGAGCCCCUCUUGCACCUGUUGUCUGUAUCUAAUGUGGUGAGCGUGUUGGUGCUCACGGUUCUGUGCAACGUUGCAGAGAAAGGUCCUGCUUACUGUCAGCGUCUAUGGCCAGGGCCCCUGCUCUCCUCCUUGCUGGACACGUUGGCCUUCUCUGACACUGAAGUAGUAGGCCAGAGUUUGGAGCUGCUGCAACUGCUGUUCCUCUAUCAGCCAGGGGCUGCCCAGGCCUUCUUGCAGCAGUCAGGGCUGCAGGCCCUACAAAGGCAUGAGGAGGUAGCACAGCUCCAGGAUCGUGUGCAUGCUCUCCAGCAGACAGCUCUUCAUGGGUGACUUGACUUCUCAAAAUCAUGUACUCCACUCCCCAUCUCCCCCACUCCCCAGCUUCCUGGCCCACAGAGCCCCUUUGGGAGGUUUAGAACCAUAAUGACAUCAUGCCCUCUGCUCCCACACCUAAGCCUAAGUCAAGAUCUCUGGAUCCCAGCUCCUCCUGUUUUACCCAGCAAUGUCCAGGCGGGAGGACCAGAGGGAACCCAGUGUGGCCUACUUAAUCUGGGUCCAUAGAAUCUCCUUUUUUCUUGUUCUUUCUUUCUUUUUUUUUUUCUUCAGCAGCUGGUGGCUUUUCAUGGGAUGGAAUAAAAUAAGUUUUAUUUUUAUAUUCA